AAAUAUUUACCAUCAAAAUAUACACAAAAUAGUCACGAAAGAGUACAAACGAGCCGAAUUAUCCCUACUAAAGUUUAUUUUAUGAACAGGACUGCACAGGAAUUUUACAGAUAUGCCUCUGUUUGGAGGUAGUAAGGGGAAAUACGAAUGCCGAGUCAUAUUGUUGGAUAAUAAUGAGCAGAAGCAUGAAAUCACUCACAAAACAUUCGGUGAUGAAUUGUUGUCAAAAGUCUUCUCUGCUUUGAAUCUCUAUGAAAAAGAAUAUUUUGGAUUACGCUAUAAAGAUAGGAAUGGUGAAGCUCACUGGCUGGAUCCAAAUAAAAUUGUAAAGAAACAGAUGUUGAAUCAUAACCCACCAUUUAUACUUUAUUUUGGAGUCAAAUUCUAUGCCGCAGAUCCAACAAAAUUACGGGAAGAAAUAACAAGGUAUCAAUUUUUUCUUCAAGUUAAAAAAGAUAUUUUGCAAGGAAGAAUACCAUGUGAGGAUAAAAUCGCAGCCGAUUUGUGCGCAUAUUGUGUUCAAUCUGAGCUUGGAGAUUUUGACCCAUCACUACAUACCGAUGGUUUUAUUUCUGAGUUUAGAUUCGUUCCUCAGCAGACAAUCGUGUUGGAAAAUAUGAUAACUGAGACAUACCCGAAACUAAAAGGCAUGAUACCAGCAGAAGCAGAGUUCAAGUUUCUGGAGCGUGUGAAAUGGCUAGAAAUGUAUGGCGUAGAUUUGCAUCAAGUUAAAGGCCAAGAUAAUAUGGAAUAUUUACUGGGUCUCACACCAACAGGAAUUGUAUUGUUUAAAAAUAAAAGCAAGAUCGGAAGUUUCAUAUGGCCAAAGAUUACCAAGCUAAAAUAUAAGGGCAACUGUUUCCUUCUUCGAGCUACUCAAGGGAGAAAUAACGAAGAAAAAGAAUAUACCUUUAUAUGCAUUAAUAAAGAUUAUGCGAAAAACUUGUGGAAAAACUGUGCGGAGCAUCAUACAUUUUUUAGAUUAGAAAAAGCAAAUGAUGUCCCAGCUUCAGCAUAUAAUUUCCUAUUCCGGAAAGGCUCAGGAUUUAAGUUUAGUGGCCGCACGCAACAAGAGUUAGAGAGAGAUGUUGAUAAAAGACCAAGAAAUGAACAGCCAAUUAAUAGAAAGCCAAGUCAAAGAUUUACUAGAAGAAGCCAAGAAAACUUAUCGUACAUAGAUGGCGCGGAUCGAGAUUUACCAAAAAGUCCUAUAAGUAACGCUAGCACCAUAUCAGCACCUUGGGAGGCUGCAUUUACACAACAAAGUGGUUUAUAUUCCAAUGGGAAGCGAAACUCUUUUCCAAACAAACCACAUUCGAUGAGUCAGGAGCGUGGGACGUCUCCGAAAUUUUCUAGACGCGCAACUGGAUAUUGUUCGAGUGGAGAAGCUGAAACGAAACGAAAAAGAUCGCAUUACUAUAGUGGAUAUACCAGUGCUACUGAUGUCGAAUCAAACCGAACACGAAACAGUGCUAAGUAUGGCUCCGCUCCAAACAUUCAAUAUAAAACCAACCUGUAUCAGGAUGACGGUACACCUAGCUAUGUGCAACAAAACAUACACCGGCAUCAUCGCCAUCAUAGCAGAGAGUCUUUGCCCAUGGUUGGACACGUUAUGCCCCACAUGGAUACACCGAACAGUCAAGAUCGCAAUAGAAGAUACCGUCCGUCAGGUUCAAAAAGCGACAGUGAAGAAAGCAGUCGUCGACGGCGACAUCAGCAUCAUCACUACCAGGGAGGUGCAAUCACGGAUAACGAAAUGGUAGCACCGCUCGAUAUCUAUCGCAAUAGCAUGGGAGUUGCCACUGGUAACGAAGAAGAAAGGCGCCGUCGCCAUCGUCACCACCACCAUUCUCAACACCGUCAGCAACGUAACCGACACAGCGGAUACCAAUAUGAUCCUAACCAAGCUGAGCUGCUGCUAGAGCUAGGACCUGACAGCGCCUCCGCUGAAGUGUUGACAGGCGGUUAUUCCGCUCCUCCGUCGGCUUCUAAUAAAGAAAACAUGAAUCCAAUGAACGGUGUUUCUUAUCGCCAGUACAGUUCCUCCAGUAUGCCGUACCAAAGUAGCACGCCGACUGGUGUACCUGGUCACACACCCCAAAGAUUUAUUCACCAAUAUUUACCUGCCCAUCUGCUAAAGCAGAGCGGUCGACCGCCGAUGACGGUGAUGCAUUCGCACGGCUCGCAAGCGAUGUAUCGACCACAAUAUGUAGAACAGUACUGUGACGAAGUUCCUUACAACUAUCGAUUGCCAUUCACACGAAGUCGUUCGGUAAUUUAUCGACACAGUGUAUCGUUCGAGGAUCGCAACAGCCUAAAAAGUGAUCGGUCCCGGCCGAAAUCAUCAAUUGGCGAGAACACCUUCAAGAAACAAUGAAAUGGCUAACUACAGUGUUUCAACGGAGCUGUGAACAUGUCAACCGUGCUGUGCUUCGGAGAGACAGGAUUCAAAUGUAAAAUCUACCCGUGAUUUAUAUUUGAGGUGGAUGGACGGACACACUUCGAUAGACAAGACAGGAGUAAAUUGUUGAAAUUUUUCGAAACUGUGAUCUACCAUCACGUGUUUAUUAUUUUUUGAUUAGUUUUCCUCAUUUCCUUCAUAAAAAAUCUUUGCAUAGAAAUUAAAAACGAGUAGGUUCUUUUUCUUAAUUACUUCUUCUGUCGUAAGAAAUCUCUUUUUUAACUCCAAGCUUGUUGUCUUUUGUUACUCUAAAACUCUACUUACACUGACACAUUUUGUAAAUACAAGAUGUAUCGAAAUGUGUACGGUACGAUUGUCAGUCUGGUAUGGCCCUUCGAACUAACUCUGACUCUUAUACAGACAUGUUAAAAUACAACAUAGGAGCAUUUUGAAAGAUAAGCUUCAAUGAAAGGAAAUAUUUUCUCUGAACGUCUUUCAGGUAUUUGUUACAAUUUGUAGGUGCAGAUGUCAUUUUCAAGGAAUCUUUGCUGUCGAUACGUCUACCGUUAUCCUGUUUCAGGAUUAAGGCGUAUUUUUUAAAAAUUCUGUUUUGUGAAAUUGUACAGGAGAUUUUAUAACGAGAUUUUAUAACGUAACAUGCUUUAUGAAAUCAUAUUUUUAAUAUACCUUAUUUAUUUGGUGGGUGCUUACAAAAUUAUUUGGCUUCAUCUUUUUACGUUUCGUAGAGCCGUCGUAAAUCGUAAACGCUCAAGCUGAUGCGAAAGUUUAUAUGAAUGAAAAAUUUCAAUAUGGUUUAACGUCAGAAACUUUUAUGAGAAGUUAGUUUCGCGGUACAAAAAGAAAAAAGUUGGCUAAAUAUUUGCGAUUAGUCCACUUUGUAACAAAUAAUUUUCGUCUAUUUUUCGUGGAAAAAAGUCAAUGGGCAUUAAAAAGAAAAAAUCUUGCAAAAUGAAGUUUCGCAAUUUAACGAUAAAAACGCGAAACUACGAUAUUUUUCGCGAAAUUGCGACAUUUUUGGUUUCUGACGUUGAAGUAAUAUUUUUACAAUUGUUAUGAAAAUACCACGUGUUGGGGAGACAUUAAAGUUUUUUAGAUCGGAAUAUUUAUGAGUGUUUUUUAUUUGUAUAAUUAUAAUUUAUUGAA